UUGGAAACGUAAUUCAACCAACCGACAAAAUGGUACAUCUACAGAAGUUAGAGCUAGGCCAACAUAUUCCAAAAUGAAAUUUGGAUUUACUUUAUUGAAGAUUGAUGAAAAUGAAAAUAUUGAAGAUAUAAAAUAUCGAUUUUAUGAAUUUUCAAACAAAGAAAUCGUAAAUCAACCACGUAAAGAUGCAAUUAUUCGAUUUUCCGAAUUUAUAAAUAAUGAUAUUAUAAAUGAAUCAGAUCAAAAACCGAAAUAUAUUGUAAAAAGAGCACCAGAAAAUUCUUUUAACAAAAAAGAUAAUGAUGCUAUUGAUGAUUUGGCAAACAAAUUGAAAUAUGGAUUAUUAUUGCCCUCGUUAGAAUUUGAUUCUUUUGGUACUUCGGAUAAACUUGAAGAAUGUGUAAAAGGCAUUUCUCAUGAAAUAAAAGAAAUUGAUCCUCAAUUUUCUCGUCAACAGAAACAAUUGAGAAUCUGUAUCUUUUUUGGUCGUGAAGUGUUUACAAAAAUUCAAGAGAUGGAAUUUGAUUUUGAAAAGACUGUUUAUGAAACGUUUGAUUUCGCUAAAGAAAUCAUUAAUUUUGUUAAUUAA